AUGUCGCUCCCGGAGGACAUGGUCUGCGAGGUCCUCGCACGCGUGAAGGACGAAGGCGACCUCUUUACCUGUGCCAGGACGUGCAGGCGGUGGAGCUGCCUCGCGGCCGACGUCCGGCGCCGCCGCUGGCCGGACCACAGGUCUUCGUUCCUCUCUGGGUUCUUCAUUGCGAAAAGUUCUGCGAGGUCCCUCUUCCCGACGCCGGCAUCCGUGUUCGGGCGUGAUCGCCGUCUCCUCCGUUCCUUCUUCCCCGACGCCGCCAGUGGCCUCCUCAAACGAGCAACGCCCCUUGCGGCGCGCCAUGGGCUGCUCCUCGUGCGCCUCCCUUCCUCCGGUGCCCUGCUUCACCUCGCCGUGUGCAAUCUGCUUGCCGGCUCAUGCGACGUUCUGCCCCCGCUGGAGAGUGAUUGGAAGUACCGUGAUAGUGGCUAUGCCAUCUUGACCAGCGCAGACUGCUCCUCAAACGGCGAGCAGAAAUCUUCGUCGUCAUAUUCAUCGGGCUACUCGGCUUUGUUCAAAGUUCUGGUCAUCUGCAGCAAUAGCGAUCACCAACCGUGCACCCUCCACACAUUCUCAUACAGCGAGGCGUCGUGGAACAUGCCUACAGAAAUAGUUUUCAACCCUACCAAGGUUGGCAUCUGCGGGCCGUUCAUGCAUCGCAACGCCGUUGUGUGCCACGGCACCGCACACUGGCUCUUUGGGUGGGAUUUCUUGCCUCCUUAUGCUUCUAGGUUGCAUACUAUUGAUGUGGAUGCUGAGACAUGCCAAGUCUCCCUAACUAAGAUCGUGAGCCCGAUCAUACACAAUGUACACAUAUACGAUGAACCACAACUUAGUGUUGCUGCUAACGGGGCACUAUCAUUGAUUUACAUGGAAAGGCCAGGCAAUAAUGUGCAAGGAUUCCGGCUAAAAAUAUGCACACGGAAAGAUGACGAAAAAAGCGAGGAUGAUGGUCCUGUAGGAUGGCUUUAUAGUCGAGUCGUUGAGCUAAAACCACCCAACCAGAUUCGAGCAGAAGGCCUGCACUUGACCUUUCUGGGAGAGAAGGGUGGCACGGUGGUUGUCAGGGACAACUACAUGAACUUCUACACUGCUGAUCUUGAGACAGGAGUGAUGGAGAAGUUGAUCUAUCACGGCCGUGUUAGUAGAUGGAUGUUCAUACCCUUUGAGAUAUAUUGGCCGACAUUCUAA